UGUCUAGGAGAUGGGGAAAACGAGACGCUUUCAAAUUGGGGGAAUUAUCCUGGUAAAUUACUGCAGUUUUUCAGCAACAGAAUUUCAAGGUGCAGCUGGGCCUUUCAGCCAUUGCAUCGAUUUUCAAAUGCCACCCGCAGCAUGCGAAGUGUGAAGAGCCCAGUGUGAAGCUCCUCAAAGACACUGCAGCACUUGUCCACCAGCAGACAGGACGUGUCUGUGCUGAGUCACCAGAAAAGCAAGCUAAGCCCGGAGCCGUUAUUGCACGGGCAAGCAGAGUUGGUUUCCAGAGGAGCUGCAUGCACUCGUUUCCCUCUCCCACUCAGUACUUUCUCUCCUCUUUCGAGCUGGCUCCUGGCUUUAACUGGAGCUUUUGACAGAGAAGGGAAUGACUGCAUCUCAUUUUCAUUGGGAUGUGGCCGUCCAAAUGUCUGCAAGGAAUCUUACAGGGAGCACGGAGCCUGGGCAAACAUCUGUGAGGCUGCAGCUUUUGACUGUUUGAAACAGGCCUUCUUUGGGCUCGGCACCUGCAGGCCACCGCACAGCGGUAGCCGGAAGGCUGCUGCCAGAGCUGCAACACAACAAAAGCGUGGCAGCCCAAGAAUCCGCGCGCAGCUCUUCUGCACGUUGUCCAACGUUAAGGUGCCAAAGAAAGAGCAAGCAGGAAGAGAGGAGCUUUGUGUCAGGAGACAAGCCAACAUCUCCCUGUCAGAAAGGGAGGUCAGGCUCCAAACUGAGUCAGAGCAAAGGUCAGCAUGCACCUACGUGCUCAAGAAGCAACUGCGCACUGCAAUACUCCUGGAAACUGAUUUCCUUGGCUUCUUUUGUCCCCUAAAUGUCAUCAAAGCAGUUAGGGCUUUCAGAAGCAACAAAGAUGCCAGCAGGAACAAGCACACUUGCUUUUAGUCAAAGCCUUGGGGAGGAAAAGUCACGUUUGCUUGGAUUUCUUGGGGCCCUGCUGGAUCGGUGCAUUUUCGGAGUUACCCCGGGAUGCCUUGAGCACUGGCUUAUGGACGGUCACCUCACACGCGGAUGGAGACACGCCCGUCCUUUGGGCUCACCAGCAGGGUCAGCACCUCCUCUGGCUCCCUCUCUUGCUGAGGAAGAGGCUGAAGAGGAGCCAAAUGACAAGAAGCCUCCAUCUGUUGUCCAUCCACAGCCUGAACGUGCAGAGCCACUCUCUCUUGACGCGCGCUCUGCCGUUCAACGUGCCGCUGCGCCGGCGCGGUCUGCAGCAGCCAGCACUCCCCCACAUGCCAGCACUUCGUCCAGCAGCCCAGCCCAGCAGCUGGAGAUGAGAGAGGAGCAGAGCCUGAGGAGACUGAGGAGCAUUGUGAGUCUGGGCGAGCCGAGGAGGAAAUACUCGGCGUUUGAAGAACUCGGACGAGGGGGUUUUGGAGCUGUUUAUAAAGCCCUCGACGCCAGCACAGGACAACAGGUGGCCAUCAAGAAAAUGGCGCUUCAAGAGGAGAUGUCCGAGGAGCUGGCUGUCAAUGAAAUCGUGGUCAUGAGGGACAGUAGGAACCCCAAUAUUGUUACCUACUUAGACAGCUACCUGGUCGACGGGGAGCUCUGGCUGGCGAUGGAGUUCAUGGAUGGCGGCACGUUGUAUGAUGUACUCGGGGCAGUGUACCUCGAGGAAGGACAGAUAGGCGCUGUCUGUCGGGAAUGCCUGCAAGGACUGCAUUUCCUUCAUUCCCGCCGAGUCAUCCACAGAGACGUCAAAAGCUGCAACAUUCUUGUGAGCAUGGACGGAUCUGUGAAAUUGGCUGACUUUGGCCUCUGUGCUCAGCUCACCCCUGAGCGCGACAAGUGCAGCUCCAGCGUCGGCACUCCCAGCUGGAUGGCGCCGGAAGUCGUGAGAGGAGAAGCCUACGGCCCCAAAGUGGACAUCUGGUCACUGGGGAUCGUGGGGCUGGAAAUGGUGGAAGGGGAAGCUCCUUACCAGAGGGAACCCCGUCUCAGGGUUUUAGAACUGAUAGAAAGGAACGGGGCCCCAAAACUGCAAAACCCCAGGCAGCACUCGGCUCUCCUGCGCGACUUUCUCCGCUGCUGCCUGCAGACAGAUGAGGACAGGCGCUGGUCUGCCCAGGAACUCCUGAAGCAUCCUUUUGUGACCUCAGGCGAUCCUGCCUCCAGCCUGGCUGCUCUGAUCAUCUCAGCCAAGCAAGUGCAGGAAGACUGGAGAGGAGACGCUUGCGCCUGAGGAGGCCUUGCUGCCCCGCCAGCUCAGAGGAG